AGGCCAGUCUGUUGCAGGAGCGCGUGGCGCUAUUGACCGUAACUAGGCAGCAGCGCAUAUCUGGCAACCCACAGUACAACUGAGAGCACAGGAUUGCAUUCUGCCAGUGUAAUAUCAGCAUUGGAAAGGACGCAGUCAGAAUAUAGAGAUGGCAGUGAAUGUAUACUCCACAUCGGUAACAAUUGAGAACCUGAGCCGACAUGACAUGUUGGCAUGGGUGAAUGACUCCCUUCAGCUCACCUACACCAAAAUAGAACAAUUAUGUUCAGGGGCGGCUUAUUGUCAGUUCAUGGACAUGUUGUUCCCAGGGUGUAUUCUUUUAAAGAAAGUGAAAUUUCAAGCAAAGCUGGAACAUGAGUUUAUACAUAACUUCAAAGUACUCCAAGCGGCUUUCAAGAGGAUGAACGUUGAUAAAAUAAUUCCUGUGGAAAAAUUAGUGAAAGGAAAAUUCCAGGACAACUUUGAAUUCGUCCAGUGGUUUAAAAAAUUCUUUGAUGCCAAUUAUGACGGGAAAGAUUAUGAUCCCAUUCAAGUUAGACAGGGCCAAGAUGUGGCGCCUCCACCAAAUCCAGGGCCUCAGAGAAUAUCGCCAACAGUACCUAAAAACAUGCCCACACCCCAGAGGGUGACCACCACCAUAAGGAAGAACCCCACACAUGCCCGAAAUGGGGGAAGUGAUGCUGAAAUCAUGGCGCUUAAUCAACAGUUGAUGGAGCUGAAGUUAACCGUAGAUGGUCUGGAGAAGGAGAGAGAUUUCUACUUCAGCAAACUUCGAGACAUUGAACUGAUCUGUCAAGAAAAUGAGACUGAAAACAACCCCAUUAUCAGUGGGAUAAUUGACAUUCUGUAUGCUACAGAGGAUGGCUUUGCACCACCAGAAGAUGAUGAAAUAGACGAGCAGGCCCACUUGUACCAGGACGAAUACUGAGCAUCCUCCUCUUCACCAUUUCCUUUCCCCACCACUUUGAAUGACUCCCCUCUAUCGCACGCUGUUAAUAUCCUCUCAGUUUCCUACAAAUGUAUGGGCUCACCAUAUAUACUCUAUCUCUUUGUCCUCUGACUCUGGUUUAUGCACUACAUAGGCAUCAACAAACACUGGCCGUCCUCACCCCAUCUAGACAGUAGCACCAACAACGACACAUCCUAGCCGUCGAAGCAUGACUGAGAGAAUGAACAAAAGAAAAGGUAUCAUAGAUCGUGGGUAGCACAACGCACUGAAAACAAAUGUAAAUAUUGUGAUGGGAAAGACAUUUUUGAAGAAAAAGAAAAUGGAAAAAAAUGUUGCUUGGAAUGCAGUUAUUGCUUGUGUGAUUUUCAUACACAUUUUCUUUGAGGUCUGUCUCCGCUCCAUUCAGUAUGAAAUGAUCAGUAUCAUCUGUGUCUUCAGCUUCAGUCUGCCUCUCUCACUGACUGUACACUUUUAAAGGGAUAAAUCACACAGAAAUGUCUGUUAUCAAUUUCUUACCCACAUGUUGUUCCAAACCUGUAUGACUUCAUGAAACAAACAAAGAAGGUUGCUCAUUUUCACAUGACUCCAGAAAAUAGGGACUGAAGCUUUCAAGCUUGAAAAAGGACACAAAUGAACCAUAAAAGUGGUUCAUACGAGUCAUA